AUGGAAUCAACAACACAACUCAAUGUUAGAUCACAUUUCUUUUCUUUCCUACUAUUGCUAAGCAUCAAAUCACUUGUUACAAAGGCACAAUCACCCAAUUACAUGGGAGACGAUUGCCAUUACACCACCCAAAAGCCCCUCAGCCAUGCAUACAAAACCAACCUAAAUAACAUCCUCACAUGGCUAUCCUCUGAUGCAGCCACAAGCAAAGGAUAUAAUCACCACAGCAUAGGAAGCAACAGCAAUGGUGAUGAUGCCGUGUAUGGCCUCUAUGAUUGCCGUGGUGAUGUGGUUGGAUACUUUUGUCAAUUUUGUGUCUCUACUGCUACUAGAGAUGUUCUUCAGCGCUGCCCCAAUAGAGUAUCUGCUAUUAUAUGGUAUGAUUUUUGCAUUCUAAGGUACUCUAAUGAGAGCUUCUUUGGGAAUGUUACAACAUAUCCAACAUGGCAUGAUGUUGGAACAAAAAAAAUAUCCAAUUUAGAAGAGAUUCAGAAAGGUGAGGAUUUUAUGAGAAGUUUGAUUAUAAAAGCUACCAAGGAGACCAACAAGUUGUUCUAUAUGGAUGCUUUCAAUUUGAGUUCAACUGAGAGAAGGUAUGGUUUGGUGCAGUGCUCCAGAGAUCUUACAAAUGAAGAGUGCAGAGAGUGUUUAGAGGCCAUGUUAGCACACGUUCCUAAAUGUUGUGAACAAAAGAUAGGGUGGUUUGUUGCGGCUGCAAGUUGUCUCAUAAAGUAUGAUGAUUAUAUGUUCUACCUUCUUCACAAUCAAACAUCUCCAAUUAUUGUGCCUAAUCAGCAAACAGCCAAACAAGGGGGUAAUAAUGGGACAAUACCCAAUAUCGUUUCUCUAUCUUCAAACCAUAAUGUUCAAACUGAGGAAACACUGAAUCCAGAGCUGCCAACAAUCCCAUUAAUCACAAUUCUACAGAGUACUGAUAACUUUUCAGAAGCAUCAAAGUUAGGGGAAGGUGGAUUUGGCCCCGUUUACAAGGGAAUUCUACCAGAUGGAAGACAAAUUGCUGUCAAAAGGCUCUCAAAGGCUUCUUGUCAAGGCUCGGAGGAGUUAAAAAAUGAAGUGAUGUUCAUAGCUAAAUUGCAACAUCGAAACCUUGUAAGACUUUUGGCAUGCUGCUUGGAGGAAAAUGAAAAGAUUCUUGUAUAUGAGUAUAUGCCGAAUGCAAGUCUCAACUUUCACCUGUUUGACAAUGAAAAGAAAAAGCAGCUAGAUUGGAAUCUAAGAUUAAGCAUUAUCAAUGGAAUAGCAAGAGGUCUUUUAUACCUUCAUGAGGACUCUCGACUCAGAGUUAUCCAUAGAGAUCUCAAAGCUGGUAACAUUCUAUUAGAUGAUGAGAUGAAUCCAAAAAUAUCAGAUUUUGGAUUGGCAAGGGCAUUUGAAAAGGGACAGAACCAGGCAAAUACAAAUCGAGUAAUGGGCACUUUUGGAUACAUGGCUCCAGAGUAUGCUAUGGAAGGAUUAUUUUCAGUGAAAUCUGAUGUUUUCAGCUUUGGAGUUCUUGUUCUAGAAAUCAUUUGUGGUAAAAAGAACAGUGGAUUCUAUCUGUCAGAAUGCGGUCAAAGUCUUCUUUUAUAUGCUUGGAGAAUAUGGUGUGAAGGACAUUGUUUGGAAUUGAUAGAUCCAGUUCUGGAAAACUCUUGCAUAGCCAGUGAAGUUAGAAAAUGCAUACACAUAGGUCUGUUGUGUGUUCAAGAAGAUGCAGCAGAUAGACCAACAAUGUCCACUGUUGUUGUAAUGCUUGCAAGUGACACAAUGGCACUUCCAAGACCCAACCAGCCAGCAUUUUCUGUUGGAAGAAUGACCUUAGAGGAAGCAUCUACUUCAAAAAGUUCUAAGAAUCACUCCAUCAAUGAAGUAACAAUCUCAAACAUUAUACCAAGGUGA